AUGUCAGCCAAAAAUCUACAUCGAAAUGGUAAUAUCGUUGAACCGGGCACAACGGAACUUCUUUCUUCAGCUGAGAAUCAGACAUUUGGCUCAAGCCUACCCACCGGACAGAUUGUCUGGUCGCUCCAAAACGAGCCGCACAUUUGGGCCGAUCAUCAGACGAGCAAUUGUCAUCAUCUAUCUACAUGCUGCUCACAUGUAAAAGGGCCCAACUGGACUCCGAAUAGAUCGAAUCCGCGGAGAAAAGAUUCAUUUUUCGAUCCUAUUCGUCAAGCAGAUUUGAAGAGACAUGCGGAUCUGCUUUUCAACUCAAUUCACGAUACUAGCAUUCCUCGAUCUUGGCCGACUGUAUCUUCUUGCUGCGAGGACACGGUCACCAGCUUGCAAGAAAAUUGUAAUAGGCACUGUCAAAUAACCAACAAACGUUCGAAUAUGGAUUCUGCAACCCUUCUCUUCGCAAAAUGCACACCGACUUCAAGAACCGUCUCAGUUGGAGCCGGUCUGCCCAGAGGGGUAAGCAACAAAGUAGAGCUGAUUUCUCUUACUGAUUAUAGCAGAAUAUGUACAAGAAAAUAG